AACUACAACUCCCAAGAUUCCCCCUACAUAUUCAAGAAUCAUCAACUUAAUUAUUUUCUUCUAUCUCUAGGAUGGAUUAUGGUGGGAGAGACCUUGGAGCAAAGCAAUCAAGCCAGGAGAGAGACUACAAAGCAUGGAGCUGGAGAUGAGAGGAAUCGAGUACUCCGUGAUUUCUUCUGCUACGAUCAUUCCAUUUCAAGCAGCAGAACAACACCAACUCUCCCAAAUCUCACAAGCUAUAUCCACACGCAUCGAGGAGAGAAUCAAGCAACUUAGAUGCUACUCUCCUUUCAACUCCAAAGUAGAAUCAGAAACAAGACAACUCAUGGCAAACUCAUCAUCAUUACUCGAGCUGAAGCUCCCAAAUCCCAAGCAAGGAUGGCUCUAUUUCUAUUUCUCCUGCAUACACAUGUUCCUCAACGACACCGUGUGCUGCAACUCUGCAGCUUCAAGAAAGCCAGAAACAAAGGCCCAAGGCAUCGCCACAAGAUUCAAACAUUGGAUUCACAAACUAACCAGCCACGACAGGCUGUUGUUUGCCACCAAGUGCUCACUUUGCCUUAGCCUCGCAGUGCUGCUCGGAUUGACAUUUGACAAAGAAAACGGAUGCUGGGCAGGCCUCACAAUCGCCAUCAGCUUCGUUACAGGAAGGCAGGCAAUCUUCACAGUAGCAAACUCCAGAGUGCAAGGAACAGCUCUGGGAUCAGUCUAUGGAGUAAUAUGUUGUUUUCUCUUCCAUUACGAAGAACUGAGGCUUCUGGCACUUCUUCCAUGGAUCAUUUUCACGAGCUUUCUGAGACACAGCAAAAUGUACGGCCAAACAGGCGGGGUGUCAGCAGCCAUAGGAGCGUUGGUGAUACUAGGGAGAAAGAACUAUGGUGCUCCAAAUGAAUUUGCCAUCUCUUGACUUACAGAGGUUUUUUUAGGCCUGACGGCCUUCAUUGUCGUGGAGCUUGUCCUGCAGCCAACUAGAACAGCCACUCUAGCCAGGAAUC